AAUAAAUGUAGUCUUAUGUUACCAUCAAGUAUAUUGGCAACUUCUAAUGCUCUUCUGAAAGUCUGAAAAUGUUUUUUAUGAUUGUGCCGAAGUUUCGUUUCAAUCCCUGAUUUAUUCAAUCCAAUAUUUCUAAAAAUAUAACUGAAAGUAAUAAUAUGUGACUAAAGUACUUUUUGCUCAAGAACCUGAAAUGGUUCGUCGAUUUGGAUAAACGCUUUGUGGUAACUGUCAUUGCCAGCUGUUUAGGUACAUUUUUGGUACUUUGUAAAUCAAAGUUCAAAAAAUCCAAUAAAAGUCUAAAUUACUUUACAGUAUCAUGAUUAUCACUUAAUAACAUCAUUAUACAAAAAUGAAUUCAUCAAAUUUAUUGGCAAACUCUGCCAUAACAUCAUCUACAAGUCUACAUUGCUCCAAAAAUGCCUUAACGGAUAUGUUUGGAUGGUUCUUACAAAUACUUUUAGCUAGUUUGGCGUUUACUUGUCUUAUCGCAAAAAGAUUUUGUGAACCAAUAACCGAACGUAGAUCAUGGCUUAUUUGGUUUUAUGAUACUUCGAAACAGGGAAUGGGUUCAGUAGCUAUACAUUUAGCAAAUGUUUGGUUAGCAGGACAGUAUACCGGAGAUCCGUGCACUUGGUAUUUAAUAAAUUUUCUAUUAGACUCAUCACUUGGUUUAGCAAUAAUAUUUAUCGGCAUUAGACUUAGUCAGUACUUAGCUAGGAAGAAAGGUUGGGAGUACAUCAAUUUUGGAGAAUAUGGCAAACCUCCAUCUGCGAAUGCAUGGAUGACACAGUGUUGUUUAUAUAUUUGUUUGAUGAUAAUAGUUAAAGUUUCAAUUACUUUAUUUAUGCAAUUAGAUUUUUGGGAUAAUGUAAAAGAUUUUAUUUUGUCUCCAAUACCAAAUCAAAAAGUGGAAGUUGCUUUUGUUAUGUUGAUUAUUCCUUUCUUUAUAAAUAUGUUGAUGUUUUGGGUCACUGAUAAUUUCUUAAUGUAUAAAGAUCCAUCGAAGAGAAGAAGAUAUAGUGACAGUAUUUUGCGUAGAAUGCAUGUUAAAUAUCGUUCACUUACAAGAAAGAGACUUGUUGAUUCAGAAAGUGAUGUAUUGCUGUCUGCCGAUGAUGAGCUCUUAGAUUCUGAAACGGUACCCAUAACAAGAACCAUAGAUACUUAAUAUUUUGAAAGAAACAAGUAUACCAACAUUCCGUAGUUACAAAAAAAACUUGAACCAAACCUUUAGAAGAUAGAAUAUCGUCAAGUAUACCAUACUAGUCCAACGAAUUGUUAUUUCUAGACGAUCAUCUGAUGCAUAUUUAUUUUCAGUUCGAACCAAAAAUGGUAUUCAGUUGACUAUUUUUCCGUUUAAUUUAUUGUGUAUAAUGCAUAAAGUACUUCGUGUAUCGUUAUGUAGAAAAAGAUUAAUUUUUUCAUUUUUUUGUUCAGUUUUUCGAAUCUGAGUUAACCCUGAACCAUUGCUGAUACUAAAAAUAUAAGGGUACAUCGUACCUUAUAUUUUUAUUCUUGAUGAAGAUCAAAUAAAACACCGAAACGUUGGCAAUUAAAAAGAAACUCCUAAGCCGACCGCCCACGCUGCAACUGUUUUUAAACAAAUGUUGCAAACCAGUUGAUAUUGCAACAGGUGACUUAAAUGAAACUAGUUUGCAAUCGUAUAAUGUAUCUUGUAGCUAACCAAUGAGGGUUGAUCUUAUUUGAAACUAUUUUCGAAUAAACUAUUCAUUAAACAAUAAAAUAAUUAGUUAAGCUUGUUUUUAAUAACCCGACGACCAUAAUCGACGAAUAUCAUACUAUUAAAGACCCCUCGUAUCUGUUUACAAACCGCUUUAUAACAGUUAUAUGUCUGGUCGUUAGAGUCUUAUCGAUAUAAAAUAAUUUGAUACGUUAAUGGAGCUUCAAGUGUCUAAGGAACACUUGGAAUCAAUUAAUUAUGAUGUGGGUCCCCAUUACGAUCGUGUACCAUAAAUAUUAAUGAAUACAAUAAUCAUCAAGUUACGUUUAAUGGAGAGUAAAAUUAGGAACGCUUUGAAUCACCCAACCAGAUGAUUAACAAUCGAUUCCGCGGUCGCGGGUGUUGUUUUUCAUUUGAUUAUCACAUGUUUAUUUUAUUUUGUUGUUGCAAGAUUAACUGAUUUGCAACAUUAUAUAUAAUUAUAAAUUUUGAAUAUAUAUUUGAAAGAAAAUGACUUAAUUAUAGAACAGGUUCUUAGAAUUCUCCAACUUAACUUAUAUAGUCCAGGAAAUAAAGCUCAAAAAAAGGCAAAACCUCGCAAUUUUUUUGUCCUGCAUCGAUUUGUACAAAAAAUUAGGGGUCAGACUCAUUCCACCCUAUAAUUCAUUUUCUAUAUUGUGCCGUUGUACGGUUUUUGUUUUUUAAGUGUGAAAACUACCCCUAAUUGUAAUAUAACAGUUUAAAUCUUAACAUGAGUAAAAUUUGUUUUUUUAUUUAGUUAAAUAAGGACGUAGCUCCUUCAUUUUUAGUGAUGUUCGCUAGUAAAUUGAGGUUAUAUCUCGCCAAAUAUUCACUGUGUACAAAAUCUCCACACGGGAAAAUUUUUAAUAUUAAAAAAACUAUGAUUUGAUAUUUCAUCAUUUUUUUCGUAUCUCCAGUAUUUUCGGAGAUAUUUCGAAGUAAAAGAUGGAAAAUAUGAAAUUGCAAAAAAAAUCGUUUGCUCUUUAAACUCCAAUUUUUAUAAAAUUACGCAUUUUAAAUUGGACAAACUUGUUGAUAAUACAUAUAAAAAGAAAA